AUGGCGAGUGACACAGAUAAUAAAUAUUUAAAACGAUGUUUACAAAAAAUAAUUGAAGCAGUUAAUAAAACAAUCGAUGCAUUAGCAGUUAUAAACCCAGUUAAUUCACAAACGUUACCUUUGGAUACUGAUAAUAAUACAUUUAGUUUAAAUGAACAAGAAAUUAAAUUAAUAGAUGAUCUUAAAACAACUAUUGAAAAUCUGUUAAAUGAAAACUUAUCACGUUUAUCUGGUAUAUGUCAAAAAUAUUUAUUGAAUUUUUUACAUCAAUAUGAAUAUGAUAGUCAAGAAAAAAAAUUCAAAACUAAUUUUAAUCAAAGUAUUCUCUCUGCAUUUCAACGUGAUCUUCAAAGUAUGUUAAGUUCAAUUGAUGCUUUUCCAGCUGCAUGGAAUGGAGAUCUAGAUAUUGUUAAAACAUUCAUUAAAAAAUAUCCAACUUUCAAAGAUAAACCUGGACUUUGGGGAACAACAUUAUUAUAUUCUUCAUCAAGAAAUAAUAAAAUGAAUGUUGUUCAAUAUCUUAUUGAAACUGCUAAAUGUUCUAUAAAUGCACAAAAUGAACAAGAUCUCGAAAAAGGUUUAUUGACAACAACAUCAACAUCAUCAAAACAUAUUAAUGUUAAUCCAACAGCGGCUUCGACUGCACUACAUGGAGCGUGUUAUAAUGGGCAUUUAAAUGUUGUUAAAUAUUUAGUUGAACAUGGAGCUGAUUAUUCAAUUAAAAAUCAAGCUGCAGAAACACCUAUUAUGAAUGGAGAACGUCAUAAACAUAUACAAGAAUUUUUUCAAAAUUUUCUUGUAGUAGGAUAUUCAAGAAGUUCAAAAAGUUUACCAAAAACAACAAUUUUAGAAGAAAAAAAACAAGAAAUUGUUGAUUGUAUUUGGGAAUAUAAACCAUUUAAAGAUGAAAAAUGGUAUCCAUUUUCAUCUAGUGAAGCAAGUGAACUACAUCAAUCAUUAAUAGUUAAACCUGAUAAGAAAUUUAAACAUGAGGUUUUUCUUAGGCUACGUACAACUGUUUACAGUGUUUCAACAAUUCAAUUUUUACGCUCUGGAAAAGAUAAUAAUCGUGAAAAUAAUUUAGCUUGGGUACGAUGUCGUGGUUCAUCUAUUUUAAAUUUUGAUUGUUAUGCUUUAUGGCAAAUAAUGUUUACCAGACAUACAUCAGAUAAAUUAAAGUCAUUUCCAUCUUUGAAAAUCUUAAAUAUUCCAACUAUCUAUGAUAGUCAUUUUUAUAUAAAAUUAAAUGCUUGGUAUAAUUGUCAUGCUGAUACAAAUACUCAAUUAGAUGAUGCAAUUAAUUAUAGAAAAAAAUCUAUUGAGUUACGUUUAGAUUUUAUUAGUGAUGAUCAAUUAAUAUUUAAUCUUGAAACAUUUACAUUUUCUAAUCAAGAAGGUUCAUUUCAAGGUUUUAUUCGGUGGAUACCAAAACUAAUAUCAAAUAAUGAAAAAUAUAAAAAUAAACUUAAAAGUCUUUAUAAUUUUUCCACAUUAACUAAUUUAGAUCCAAUACCUCUUACGACAGCACAUCUUAAACAAUUAUCAGAUAGAAAAAACCUGAAUUCAUCAAGUGAAAAUAACAAUGAAGAUGAUUAUUCAACGCAAGAUAUUAACGAAGAAAACUAUAAUUUAGAUCAGAACGACGAUAAGACAAAUAAAUCACGUGAUAAUGCUUUAUGGUGUGUUAAUGAUUCUAAAGGCACUGUACUUGAUCCACAAGUAACCACAGAUGAUGAUGUACAGAGUGUUAAAGACGAAAAAAUUAAUGACUAUCUUCGACAAACUGAUGAUAAAUCUCACUCAUCAUCCGACAAACAAUUUACCGAACGAAUAAAUUCAUCAACAAAUGUUUCUGCAAUAUCAGAAGAAGAAUUAAAUAAAUUUAAAAAAGAAAAUGAACAAAUUGCAGCUCGUCUUAAAGCUGCAAAUGAAAAAUCUUCUGAGCUAAAAAAAUUACUUAAAGAUAAUCAAAAUCAAAAUCAAAAUCAAUUCAAAGAACUUUCUGAACAAAUUGAUAAAUUAAAUAAAGAACAAACAAAUUUAAAGAGAAAAGAAGAAAAUCUAAAGGAAAUAGAACGUCACAUUAAAAUAAUUGAUUAUGAACGAAUAGAAAAACAUGUUGUACACGAAUUUUUUACACCAAAAUUUGCUUUGAUCUUGAAUUGUUUAAAAAGAACAAAGAACAAAUACGAUUAUUAUACAGAUAAAAUACCACAAAUGAUAUUUACAGAAAAAAACAAUUUAUUUAAUAUUACCAUAAUAGGUUUUCAAGAUCAUCAUCAAACAUUUAAAGAUAUUUUAAAACAAAUAUUAAAUUUAUCAAGUCUUACACAACGAGCCAAGGAAUAUUAUCAACGACAGCUCAAUCGAUUUUUAAAAUUAAUAAACAAUAUAUUAAUUAAAAUCCAAUCCAAAACACAAAAUUGGAAACAAUAUUCGAAUUUUUUAUUAGAUUUAUUAAAAGAAAAGAUUAAAGAAUAUUCGAUCUUGUUCAAUGAUUUUAUUUCUGAACAAGCUCGUGAAAUAAGUGAAAAAUUUAUUUUAAAUAAUGCUAUAUCAUCAUGGAAUGAAAUAACAAAACAAACCGAAUUAUUUAUACAAAAAAAUCCAUUUGAAAAUCAAAUAGAAUCUCUUAAACGUCAAGCAUUGGAACAAUUUAUUACACAAAAUAUAUCUUUUCAACGUUUAAAACUUGAAAAAAAACCAAGUCAGAAAUCAAUUGAAAUUUUAAAAGAUUUUAUUAAAAAAAUUCAAAAUUCUUUUGAAAAAGAACAGAAAUAUAUUGGAUAUCAACUGGAACAGUUUCGUUUAAUCCCAGAAUUAUUAAAACGACUUAUGACUUAUUAUUGUUGUUUUGCUACUCAAUUACCUCUCUUUGAAUCAUCAAAAGAUUUAUUACGUCAAAUUGAACAAAAUACAGUGAUUACCAUUGCCACAUCAACUGGAUCAGGAAAAUCGACAUUAUUACCAGCUUUACUUGUUGCGGAAGGAUAUAGUAAAGUAAUGGUAACUCAACCGCGUCGUUUACCUUGUAAAUUAAUUUCUCAACGUGUAAAUGAAACUAUGACAACUGAUACAAAUCCUAAUUCAGAUAAAAUAGCUGGCUGGGCUAUUAGUGGCGACGAAGAUAAUCCUCGUGCUGAAAUUCUUUAUUUAACUGAUGGUUUACUUAAAGAACGUUUACUUUACAAUGAAAAUUUUAUUCCAGCUAAUAGUUCGAUUGUUUUAUUCAUUGAUGAAGUUCAUGAACGUUCUGUUAAUAUUGAUUUAUGUUUAGCAUUAAUCGCGAGAAUGCUAUCUACAAAACAACAAUCAAUGAGUAAAUUAAAAAUUAUUAUUUCAUCUGCUACACUUGAUACAUCAGUUCCAAAUCUAUUUAAAAAAAUUCCACAAAUUAAAUUUUCAGAAUUUACAAUGCCUCUCAUGGGUACUUUGUAUCCUGUUACGAAAUAUCCUCGUCCAAAUGAAAAUAUUUUAGAUAUUGUUCAAGAAUUAUAUAAAAAACGACAAAGACAUGAUCAAAUUUUAUGUUUUGUUAAUUCUGUAUCAGAAGUUAAUCAAUGUGUUCGUUUAUUAAGUGAAAUAAGUCGUGGAACAAUUAUUGCUUAUCCAUUAGUACAAUCUCAACAAGCACAACAACAAGAAUUAUUUCUUGAACAUGGAAGUGUUUUCUUUUCAACAACUGUUGCUGAAACAUCUUUAACAUUUCCUUCAUUAAAAUAUGUUAUUGAUACAGGAAUGAUUAAUAUUCCUGUUUAUGAUUUAGAUUCUGAACGAACAAUUCUAAAAGAAGUUCGAGCAGCUGAAUCAACUAUUAAACAACGUCUUGGACGUUUAGGUAGAACAAGACCUGGAGAAUAUUAUGCACUAUAUGAUUUUGAUGUUAAACAAAAACAAUUUCCAACAGCACAAAUAUGUCAAUCGGAUUUAGUUAAUAUUGAAUUUACAUUAACAAAAUCACCAUUAAAACAAGGAUUAAAUUAUUUAAAACAAUAUUUACCCGAUAAACCAUCACAACAAGCUAUUAAUUUAACCAUUCAAGAGUUAAUUCAAUUUAAGGUAUUGGGGACAGAUGCGAACAAUCAGUUAACAAAUUAUGGUAAAGCUCUUGCUAAAUUACCUGAUUUUGGUUCUGUGCCAAUGUCGAAAUGUGUCUAUGCUGCUCUUGAAGAGUAUCGUUGUGGACGUGAUUUAAUUUGUAUUUCAUCAAUGUUAAGUGUUUUAAAUACAACUAUUAUAUUUAAAUCUGUACCACAAAAUUUCAAAAGUCCAGAUGGAGAUUUUAUGACACUGUUAAAUAUAAUGAAUGAAAUUUUAUUACUUAGAGAAUCAGUAUCACCACAACAAUUUAAUAUAAAACGUGUUUGUCAAGCUAAAGGUUUAACUAAUAUCGAACAUCUUAUUCGACAAGCAUUAAAACGUUAUGAGAAUUUAGAAAAAAUAUUUAAUCGUUCAAAUGAAUAUUGUGAAAAAGCUCAAAUUAAAUGUGGUAAAUGGGAAUUUAUUGCUAAAGCAUUAUUAGCUGGAUAUUCCGAUAAUGUUUUUAUUUCAAUGAAAGAUUUACAAGAUAAAAUUCAUCAAUUUAUGCGAUAUAAUGAUAGAAAAGAUUUAGCAGUUUUAGAUUUACAAUCAACAUUAACUCGACCAAUAAGUCAAGCACCUGUUUCACUUAUUUUUGCACGAGAUGUACGUUAUUUAAGUGCUAUUCGUUCUACAGCUGUUCUUUCAUUUGUUGGAGAAAUUAAAUCUGAAUGGUUAAAUUUUAAUAUUCAAAGACAAAUUGAUUUAAAUAAUGAAGAAGAAACUUAUUUAAAUACAAAUAAUAAAUACUCAACUGCUGUAUCGAAAUUUUCAAAUAAAAUAAAUAUGCAAUUAAAUAAUGGUAUGGUUUCUUUAAAAGGUCCAGCUAGUGUUGUUUUAAAUGCUGAAUUACAUCUUCGACAAGAAAUGAUUACAGAAUUUACAUUUAAUUUAGAAAAUAAGAAUCCACCUAAUUCGGCUAAAUAUGCUAAUUUAGCUCGAAAUCUUGAAGGUGUAAUGAAAAUGAUACGAAUAUUUAACCCUAUGAAAUGGAGAUGGGAAGCUCAAAAACAAGUUAAAAUAACUGUUAAUAGUGAUACAGCAACAAAGACAUGUAGAAUAACAAUUAAAGGAAGAGAUUCAGAUAUAAAAAUAGUUAAAGAAGAAUUUGAUUCAUUUUUGAGAUGGUUACAAGAUUGUGCUGUCAUUAGACAUCCAAAUGCAGGUGUUCCUCCACGUAUUCUUGGUCCACAAAUGCGUAAAGAUUGUCGUGAUAUUGAAGAGAGAAUUUGUCAUAUAACUGAUAGUAAACGAACAUUAGUCGAUUUAUAUAAUGGUGUUAAAGGUUCAAAAGCAACACGUGAAACACGAAUGGAAGUUGUUGCUUGGAUUGCUGUUUGUAAAUUUGAUUGUCGAUUAGAAGGUGGUUUUGUUCGUGAUUGGGUUGUUGGAAAUCAUGAAUCAAAACCAAAUAAAAAUCCAACAAGUUGGCUUGAAUAUACUACAAACAAGAAAGGUCAACAAAUACCUGCUAUUGUUAAACAAGUUGUUCCAGCUGAUUUAGAUUGUCAUUUACCUACACAUGCAUAUUUUGAUGUUGAGAAAUUUCAAGAUGAGCUUUACAAAUUUGAUAUCAAAUGUGACGUUGUUAGAGAAAAUUGGAGAUAUAUUAUAUUAGUUGAUAAAGAUACUCCAACAGGACCAUUUACUAUGGAUUUAAUUGAACCACAUGUUGCAUUAACACAUGAUAGAAUUGAUUUUGAUGUUAAUAAUUUAUCAUUAGAAAAAGAUUUUACACGUGAUUUAGCUAUGCGUGUUAACAUUCAACAAAAACCUUAUUCAAUUGAACUCGAACAAAUUGUUGAUAAUAUUAAAAAUAAACGUUUUCAAGUACUGCGGCCAAUAGAGCCUCAAGUACAAGAUCGAAUUAUUAAAAUGACUACUAUUCGUGGUUGGACACAAUUAGGACAACCAUUCAAUGUUAUACCUGAACCACCUCCAAAAUAUUAUUCACUUCUAAUACCAUUACCACCACCAACCACUUUAUAUCAAGGUGUAGCACAAGAAAUGAGACAAAUAUCAGGUUCAUUACAGAUUGUAUCAAUUGAACAAGUUAAAAAUCCAUAUUUAGAAGAAGCAUAUGAAGCUAUGAAAAAAAUCAUUUCAAAACAAUGUACAGGAUUUAAUCCAAACGAACGUUUUCUCUAUCAUGGAACUAAGUAUGAAGGAAUUAACGGAAUAGCAGAAGAUGGUUUUGAUGAUCGAUUUUUCGUUCGUGAGGGUUAUUGGGGUCAUGGUGGUUAUUUUGCGGAUGACCCUAAAAAAUCUCAUGAUUAUACAGUGUCUAAUGCAACAGAUCAAACUCGUGUUAUGUUUUACAAUAAAGUACUUUUAGGUAGUGAAUCAAUACAAAAUGUAGUUGAUCAAACGUUGAUUUCAGCCCCAAAAGGAUUUCAUUCAGUCCGAGGCACAGCCUUCCCGUAUACUGAAUAUAUUAUUUAUCGUUAUGGUCAAGCUUUACCUUAUUUAAAGAUAACUUAUAAAGCUUGA